UGAACGGUCACACUAGGUAGUGCCGGCUUUAGAAUUUUUUGCAGAAAUCCUCUCCAGGCACGAGUUGAGUGAUUCCCCUGGCAACGAUGGCGUUUCACUGGUGCGACAACAACCUGCACACCACCGUGUUCACGCCGCGUGACUUCCAGGUGGAACUGCUGGCCGCGGCCUAUGAGCGGAACACCAUAAUCUGCCUGGGCCACCGCAGCUCCAAGGAGUUCAUAGCCCUCAAGCUGCUCCAGGAGCUGUCGCGACGCGGACGUCAACGUGGUCGGGUCAGUGUCUACCUGAGCUGCGAGGUAGGGGUAAGCAAGGAGCCCUGCUCCAUCUACACGAUGCUCACCCACCUGACCGACCUGCGGGUGUGGCAGGAGCAGCCAGACAUGCAGAUUCCCUUUGACCACUGCUGGACGGACUACCACGUGUCCAUUCUGCGGCCGGAGGGAUUUCUCAGCCUGCUCCAGGGUCGCGAUCUGUUGCUCAGCAGCGUGGAGCUGAUUGUGCUGGAGGAUUGUCACGACAGUGCGGUCUAUCAGAGGAUUAUGCCCAUCUUCGAGGAACACAUUAUUCCAGCUGCCCCGGCGGACAGACCGCGCAUACUCGGACUGGCUGGACCACUGCACAGCGCCGGAUGUGAGUUGCAGCAGCUGAGCGCCAUGCUCGCCACCCUGGAGCGUAAUGUGCUCUGCCGGAUAGAGACGGCCAGCGACAUAGUCACUGUGCUGCGCUACUGUUCCCGUCCGCACGAGUACAUUGUGCAGUGCGCCCCCUUCGAGAUGGACGAGCUGUCCCUGUUGCUAGCCGAUGUUCUCAACACCCACAAGUCCUUCAUGGUAGAUCACCGCUACGAUCCGUACGAAAUCUACGGCACGGACCAGUUCAUGGAGGAAUUGAAGGACAUACCCGAUCCCAAGGUGGACCCGCUGAACGUCAUCAACUCGCUUCUGGCCGUGCUGCACGAGAUGGGGCCCUGGUGCACGCAGCGGGCUGCCCAGCACUUUUACCAUUGCAACGAGAAACUAAGUAAGACGCCGCACGAGCGGCACUACCUACUCUACUGCCUGGUGAGCACGGCCCUCAUCCAACUGCACUCCCUGUGCGAUAACGCGUUCCAGCGGCACCAGGGACCUGGUGGCGACACACGUCAAACCAUCGAACGUUACUCCAGCCCCAAAGUGCGACGCCUGCUGCAAACACUGCGGUGUUUUAAGCCCGAAGAUGCAACCCAGGCGGACGGUUUGCGCAGGAUGCGGCAACAGGUGGAUCAGGCGGACUUUAACCGUUUAUCGCAUGUGUUGGAGAACAAGUGUCGGGUGGUGGACCAACUGGAGCAACAGCCAACGGAGACACGAGCCCUGGUGGCCAAUCUCGAGCAAAUUCUGCACACGUCAGAGGAAAACAGCCGGCGGAGGAGCGCCGCUCGGGUUGCUCCUAGUCCUGCGCCUUCGAAGUCUAAGCCGGGCAGUGGGUCAAACACUGGCCAACAGCGCACCCGAAGACGAGUGUACACGAGACGCCACCACCGGGAUCAGCAUGAUGGCAGUGACACUCUCUGUGCGCUGAUUUACUGCAAUCAGAACCAUACGGCGCGCGUGCUCUUCGAGUUGCUGGCUGAGGUGAGCAGGCGUGAUCCAGAUCUCAAGUUCCUACGCUGCCAGUACACCACGGACCGGGUGGCGGAUCCCACCACAGAGCCCAAGGAGGCCGAAUUGGAGCACCGGCGCCAGGAGGAGGUCCUCAAGCGAUUCCGCAUGCACGACUGCAAUGUGCUAAUUGGCACUUCGGUGCUGGAAGAGGGCAUCGAUGUGCCAAAGUGCAACUUGGUCGUGCGAUGGGAUCCGCCCACCACAUAUCGUAGUUACGUCCAGUGCAAAGGCCGGGCUCGAGCUGCUCCCGCCUACCACGUUAUCCUAAUUGCGCCUAGUUACGAAAGCCCGCCUGUAGGUGCAGAUCGGCUAAGUGAUCGGAGUCAUCGCUUCAUUUGCGGGGCAUCAGGAACGGGAGACAACACAGAGGCGGACAGCGACUCGGAUGACUCGGCGAUGCCGAAUUCCUGCGGUUCGGAUCCCUAUACCUUUGGCACGGCCCGCGGAACGGUAAAGAUACUUAAUCCCGAAGUUUUUAGUAAGCAGCCGCCGACGGCAUGCGACAUUAAGCUGCAGGAGAUCCAGGACGAAUCGCCGGCUUUAGGAUUUCUGGACAAUAGCAACUCCAGCGACGAAGCCGUCAGCAAGAGCUACACUUCUCCCAGUGAGAGCAGUACAGAACGAAAGUCUAAGCGCUUCCAGUGCGAGCUGGGCGUACCAACCGAGCCAGAAGCUACUACCGAUCCAUCUCCCAAAAUCGAAACGGUGGAUCGCUUGGCCAGUACCACCAAGGAGUUGGUGCAUCAAAUGGCACAAUAUCGGGAGAUUGAGCAGAUGCUUUUAUCCAAGUGCGCCAACACAGAACCGCCGGAGCAGGAGCAGAGCGAGGCGGAGCGCUUCAGUGCCUGCCUGGCCGCCUAUCGACCCAAGCCGCACCUCCUGACCGGGGCCUCCGUGGAUCUCGGCACUGCCAUAGCCCUGGUCAACAAGUACUGCGCUCGCCUGCCCAGCGACACUUUCACCAAGUUGACGGCCUUGUGGCGCUGCACGCGGAGCCAAAGGGAUGGAGUUACACUGUUUCAGUACACACUCAGACUGCCCAUCAAUUCGCCAUUGAAGCAUGACAUUGUGGGUCUUCCAAUGCCCACCCAGACUUUGGCCCGUCGACUGGCUGCCUUGCAGGCAUGUGUGGAGCUACACAGGAUUGGUGAGCUUGACGAUCAGUUGCAGCCCAUUGGCAAGGAGGGUUUCCGCGCCCUGGAACCCGAUUGGGAGUGCUUUGAUCUGGAGCCGGAGGACGAGCAGAUUGUCCAGCUGAGCGAUGAACCCCGUCCGGGAACAACAAAACGGCGUCAGUACUACUAUAAACGGAUUGCUUCCGAAUUCUGCGAUUGCCGUCCGGUGGCCGGAUCACCAUGCUAUCUGUACUUCAUUCAGCUGACGCUCCAGUGUCCAAUUCCCGAAGAGCAGAACACACGAGGCCGCAAAAUCUAUCCACCCGAGGAUGCCCAGCAGGGAUUCGGCAUUCUCACCAGCAAACGCAUCCCAAAGUUGAGCGCCUUCUCGAUCUUUACACGUUCCGGUGAGGUGAAGGUUUCCUUGGAGUUGGCCAAGGAGCGGGUGGUCCUUACCAGCGAACAGAUUGUCUGCAUCAACGGUUUCCUGAAUUACACAUUCACCAAUGUACUUCGGCUGCAAAAGUUCCUCAUGCUCUUUGAUCCGGACUCCACUGAGAACUGUGUUUUCAUUGUGCCCACGGUGAAGGCACCAGUGGGUGGCAAGCAUAUCGACUGGCAGUUCCUAGAGCUCAUCCAGGCCAAUGGCAAUACAAUGCCUCGUCCAGUGCCCGAUGAGGAGCGCCAAGCGCAGGCUUUUGAUGCCCAACGAUUCCAAGAUGCCGUCGUGAUGCCAUGGUAUCGCAACCAGGAUCAACCGCAAUACUUCUACGUGGCCGAGAUCUGUCCCCACCUUUCACCACUCAGCUGCUUCCCCGGUGACAACUACCGCACGUUCAAGCACUACUACCUCGUCAAGUAUGGCCUGACCAUACAGAAUGCCUCGCAGCCGCUGUUGGACGUGGAUCAUACGAGUGCUCGUUUAAAUUUCCUGACGCCGCGAUAUGUAAAUCGCAAAGGAGUGGCUCUGCCCACCAGUUCGGAGGAGACGAAACGGGCAAAGCGCGAGAAUCUUGAGCAAAAACAGAUCCUGGUGCCAGAGCUGUGCACCGUGCACCCAUUUCCAGCCUCUUUGUGGCGAACUGCCGUGUGCCUGCCCUGCAUUCUGUAUCGCAUCAAUGGUCUUCUCUUGGCGGACGAUAUUCGUAAGCAAGUUUCUGCGGAUCUAGGCCUUGGAAGGCAGCAGAUCGAGGAGGACGAUUUCGAAUGGCCCAUGCUGGACUUUGGCUGGAGUUUAUCGGAAGUUCUGAAGAAAUCCCGCGAGUCUAAGCAAAAGGAUUCGCAAAAGGAGGCUUUGGUGAAUGGAAACGAUUUAGGUGAUGUUCAAAAGGAACCGGCUAAAGAGGAGACUCCACUAGAUGAGGAUUCCAAAACCGAUAAUGCUGAAAAGAGUGCCGUCGAACUUAUCAUUGAGGGUGAACAGAAACUCCAAGAGGCGGAUGAUUUUAUUGAGAUAGGCACUUGGUCGAACGACAUGGCCGACGACAUAGCCACCUUUAACCAAGAAGACGAGGACGAAGAGGACGCCUAUCACCUUCCAGUUCUGCCUGCCAACGUUAAGUUUUGCGAUCAGCAGACCCGGUAUGGAUCGCCAACCUUUUGGGACGUGAGCAAUGGGGAAUCUGGUUUCAAGGCUCCGAAGCGCGGUCAGAAUCAGCAAGGUAACAAGGGCAAAGGAAAGGGUCCAGCAAAGCCCGCCUUCAACUAUUACGACUCGGACAAUUCGCUGGGCUCCAGCUACGAUGAUGACGACAACGCUGGACCGCUAAAUUACAUGCACCACAACUAUAGCUCGGAUGACGACGAUGUGGCGGAUGAUAUCGAUGCGGGUCGUAUUGCUUUCACAUCCAAGAACGAGGCGGAGACCAUCGAAACCGCCCAGGAAGUGGAAAAGCGCCAGAAGCAGCUGUCCAUCAUCCAGGCGACAAAUGCCAACGAGCGGCAAUACCAGCAGACCAAGAACCUGCUCAUUGGAUUCAACUUCGAACAGGAAGAGGAGGACCAGGACGGACUUCCCAGCGGCAGAUACGAACAGUCCAUAGCUAAACUUAAGACGGAGAUAGAAAGCUGCGGGAUGCUGGUGCCCCACGAUCAGCAGUUGGUUCUGAAGCGAAGUGAUGUUGCUGCCGCUCAAGUUGCAAAGAAAUCGAUGAUAGAGCUGUUAAAGCAACUACUGCCAUACGUAACGGAGGAGCUGCUGUCCGAAAAGCUGGGUGACAGGCGGGAGCUGCUGCUGUCGGAUUUAGUGGAGCUAAACGCAGAUUGGGUGUCCCGGCAUGAGCAGGAGACCUAUACGGUUUUGGGAUGCGGAGAUAGUUUUGACAACUACAAUGAUCAUCAUCGUCUAAACUUGGAUAAAAAACAACUAAGGCUGCAGUUUGAUCGAGCAGAAAUCCAGCCAAUCACUCCUAAGAAAGCCAUAUCAUCAUCCAUGUUACAGGCUGGAUUCAGCUUCGAUCGUCAACCGAAUCUAGUAGGCCAUCCAGGACCCAGUCCCAGCAUAAUAUUGCAGGCCCUCACCAUGUCCAACGCCAACGAUGGCAUUAAUCUUGAGCGCCUGGAGACCAUUGGAGAUUCCUUUCUCAAGUAUGCCAUUACCACAUAUUUGUACAUCACCUACGAGAAUGUCCACGAGGGAAAACUUAGCCACCUGCGCUCCAAGCAGGUUGCCAACCUAAAUCUUUAUCGUCUGGGAAGGCGCAAGAGACUGGGCGAGUACAUGAUAGCCACAAAGUUCGAACCUCACGACAACUGGCUGCCACCCUGCUACUACGUGCCGAAGGAGCUGGAAAAGGCGCUUAUCGAGGCGAAGAUCCCUACGCACCACUGGAAGCUGGCCGAUCUGCUAGACAUCAAGAACCUAAGCAGCAUGCAAAUCUGCGAGAUGGUUCGCGAAAAAGCCGAGGCUUUGGGCUUGGGGCACAAUGGAAGUGCCCCAACUGGCCAGAUAGACGAAUCCAACGACAGCUGCAAUGAUUUUAGCUGCUUUAUUCCGUACAACCUUGUAUCACAGCACAGCAUUCCGGAUAAGUCCAUCGCCGAUUGUGUCGAGGCGCUGAUUGGAGCCUAUCUUAUUGAGUGCGGACCUCGGGGAGCACUACUUUUCAUGGCCUGGCUGGGGGUAAGGGUCCUGCCCUUUACCAAGCAGCUGGAGGCUGCGAGUAAGGAGGAUCGAAUACCGGGAAGCACCAGACCAAAUGCCGAAAAAAUGGUUACCGUUUACGGCGCUUGGCCCACGCCACGAAGUCCUCUGCUGCACUUUGCCCCCAACGCCACGGAGGAGCUGGACCAACUGCUCAGUGGUUUCGAGGAGUUCGAGGAGAGUCUCGGAUACCAGUUCCGGGAUCGGUCCUACCUUUUGCAAGCCAUGACACAUGCCAGUUAUACUCCUAAUCGACUGACGGAUUGCUACCAGCGCUUGGAGUUUCUGGGCGACGCAGUGCUGGAUUACCUCAUCACACGGCAUUUAUACGAAGAUCCCCGCCAGCACUCGCCGGGCGCAUUAACGGACUUGCGGUCUGCUCUGGUGAAUAACACAAUUUUCGCCUCUCUAGCCGUUCGCCAUGGAUUCCACAAGUUCUUCCGCCAUCUCUCGCCGGGUCUUAAUGAUGUGAUAGACCGAUUUGUGAGAAUCCAGCAGGAAAAUGGUCACAGCAUUAGUGAGGAGUACUACUUAUUGUCCGAGGAGGAGUGCGAUGAUGCGGAGGACGUUGAGGUGCCCAAGGCUUUGGGCGAUGUUUUCGAGUCGAUCGCAGGGGCCAUUUUUCUCGACUCGAACAUGUCGCUGGACGUGGUGUGGCACGUCUACAGCAACAUGAUGAGCCCGGAGAUAGAACAGUUUAGUAACUCAGUGCCAAAGUCGCCCAUUCGGGAGCUCCUCGAGCUGGAGCCGGAGACAGCCAAGUUCGGCAAGCCCGAGAAGCUGGCGGAUGGGCGGCGGGUGCGCGUUACCGUGGAUGUCUUCUGCAAAGGAACCUUCCGUGGCAUCGGGCGCAACUAUCGCAUUGCCAAGUGCACGGCGGCCAAAUGCGCUCUGCGCCAGCUCAAAAAGCAAGGCUUAAUAGCCAAAAAAGACUAAAGAGUCAUCGCUGCAAUUGUGUUUCAUUAGGUUUAAGCAAAACUUUUUAGAUUUAAGAAUAACAUUUGUAUAAAUCCUGAAUAAAUUGUAUAUGUCGAAUCUGUGUGUAAA